UUAACAUUGUAUCAAGAUAAUGCAACCGUCACCUGCAUGCAAGGUUACCGUUUGAAGGGUAAAAACCAUAACAAUUCAACAUCGGAAGUUAUUCAAUGUGUGGACUCUGGCUUAUGGACGUCGCCGAGCGGUUGCGAAAAAAGAGACUGUCGGGACCCGCCUACUUCCAAUCACAGUUCAAGGCAAUAUAAUUAUACAACGUACGAGAGUAAGGCUAUUUUCAAGUGUGACAGUGGAUAUCACACUGGGAACAACACAACUCUUACCUGUAACAGUUCCGGACAUUGGGACACACCCGCACCAAACUGUACAGAUAUUGACGAAUGUCAUUCCGGUAAGCACAACUGCCAUCGUAACGCCAAUUGCACAAACAACAUCGGAGGCUACAAGUGUCUUUGCAAGAACGGAUAUGACGACAUGGCCACUUCGAACACAUACGAAUCUAUUGGCCGGGACUGCCAAGACCACAACGAGUGUCAAGACCCUAAAGGCAUCAACUGCAAGUACAGUCGAAACCAGACUCAAUGGUGCACAAACCUGGAUCCCGGCUAUUACUGCAGGUGUAAUUCGGGAUGGCAGGGAACCAACUGUGAAACAAACGUAGAUGAGUGCAGGGAAAGGGUCAAUGCUUGCGGCCACAAUGCCACGUGCACAGACGGUUAUGGCACCUACUACUGCAAAUGCGACAGGGAUUUUCCCCAAGGAGAUCCAUUUGUUGGAUGCUUCAAACCGGUCAUGUUGGACUUCAAAAAGGCGCCAGAAGUAUGUGACAAUGGUGAUAACAAAAUUUUGGACCCCAUAAAUAUUCCAAAUGGGCGUUUUCCAUAUCUCGGAAAGUACUUUGACGUAUUCCGGCCGAAUAUGAAUGGAUUCCUUGCCCUGAACUAUCCGCCAUUGUAUGAGCGAUACGGCGCCGAGAAUUCCACAUUGUGGAAGAAAUACGUGGACAACCACAUUGUUAUUGCUCCUCUGUGGACAAACAUUGACACUCGCAACAUAACGGGCGCCGGACUGUGCGUUCAUGUUCUGUCAAACAAGACUACAGAUGCAAAGGACAUGAAGCAAAUUGAGGAUUUAGUACGUCAAUACACUAACCGUCGAGACUUCAGCGUAGAUGUUGCCAUAGCAUUGACCUGGAGAAAUGCCACCAUACACUCACCCUACAUGCCGGGAUAUGAGCUAAUUAAACAGCAGAACCUGUCGAUGCAGGCGAUUGUGGUAACGGACGGCCUGUACUCGUACUUGCUGUUUAACUACGAUCAAGAGCAGUUCAGUAUCAAACCCGACAACUAUACGCCAGUUGCCGCUGGAUAUACCUAUCCCGGGAACUUUUCCGGCAAAAUUCUAGCCGAUCGGAGCAACUUCACGAACCUUAAGAACGGCUCGAAUGUCUCCCCAGCGGUCAAAGGCCGUUGGCUGCACAACGUGACGUACAUCACUGACGACAUGUGGGACGAGGUGAGAUGCCGGAAGUUCCACGAGAACCAAGACUUGAAAACAUGGACGCGAAAACAGCUUACAAACUCAUACCCUUGUCCCUGUUACGAACAAGAUAUGAAAGAGGACUACACCUUUCAACAAAAUGACAAGCUGUGGCCGAAUAUUGACCAGUAUACCCACUGUUACGAGUCGUGGUUCUUCAAUCCUUACGACAUCAAACAGCGCUGCUGCUAUCGAUUUGGCGAACUCCGUAAGGAAUAUCCUUUCGCAAUAGGAGCCGAGUACGAUAACAACCCUAAUAACGCGAUUUUUGGAGGCGGGCUUUCGGCAGUGCUGCUCGGCGGUCAACAGUCGGCGGUACUGUCACCUCUACUAUGGACGUCAACCCGCCCGACGACUGCUCCAGCUGGUCUCCCGACGACGAAGGCGUCGUAAAACGCGCUGUGCGCAAAGUCAUGAAAUUUGUUGGACUGUCUUAACCAUAUUAAUUUGUUUGCAGUGUUUUUGUGUGUAAAUAUUUAGUGUCUCGGCGUAUAGGCUAUGGACAUUGACUUUAUGAUAAUAGUCCUAAAUGUUUGCAAUGUUUGAACAAUAUUCAUUGUUUUUAAAAAUGAUUUAUGUUGUACAUAAUCAUGUAUUGUCUUGUUUUAGUGUUCGAAAUUAUAGUUUGUCAAAUGGGAUGGCAAUUUAAGCGACACUCAAUGGCCAUUUAUUUUGUAAUUUUAUACGAAUAACAUUUUAUAAUUACUAAAAAGCCCAUCCUUGUGAUAUUAUGCAAAUUUUACAGUGUGUGCUUUGAAACGCUAAUUGACUCUGCCUAUUUGAUAUAACGUGUUUUAAAAUGUUUUUGAAGUGUCUACAUUUUAGCACAAUAUGUAAGCAUCUGCGUGCAUUUAAAGCAUGUUAAAAUAUGAUUUAUGUUUUUGGAAAACAACACACAAUAACACUAACUUAAUGCUCUUAGUUGUGGCAUCUGUACUUCGAAUAAUAACAAUAAAUUUACUAUGGUAUUUAGGGUAAAUAAGAGCUAUCAAAGAAAACGAUUUUGACACGUCCAGUGGCUAAUUGCCUACCAGUAUAUAUGGUGGUCAGACAUAAGUAUAUUAAGUAAGAGUGACAUUCAUAUUCGUUUUUUUUAGCAGGGCUGAUAACGUUUUUUUAGAAAUUCAAAUGUGACCAGUUUGCUGUUCCAACAAAGGAAAACUCUUUUGUUCAUAGAAUAAGAUUCUCUUGAAAAACUACAAGAUAACAAUUUUGUCUACAUAAAAAAGCUGUGUUAUUGUAUUAACAUGAACAUUUUGAAAAAUAAAACCAUAGCCAUUC